UCGUCUUCCUUAAACCCUCGAGCAAGCUCUGUUCUUCUCCUCGGCAGCUGCUUCUCCUAGUUCGUUGUCCGUCACCUCUCUGCGUCAGCUGAGGAAAAGCUUCAAACCUUGCAUUGGGAAUGCGGGCAAACAGCCGUUGCUUAUUGGUCGUGCAUCCUUGAUUGAAGUUCAGUCUUCACAACGAUAACUGUAGAAACUCAGCUGCCAUGGGACGGGUUCAAGUGAACAAGGUUCACAAGUCCCGCUUCUCGACGAAGUCCUCUCGGAACAUUCACAAGACCUCUGUCAAAGAUAAGAGUAGAAUUGCCAAGUCGGGGGCCAAUGUCAGCAAGGGUGCUCGUGCUGCGCGACUUCAGCACAAUAGGAUGGUGAGGGAGCAGAAACGGGCGGCACUUUUGAAAGAAAAGCGGGCUUCCACCGGAUCAGCAAGUCCACCCCGUAUGAUUGUUCUUUUCGGUCUGUCAGCAUUGGUAAACCUGGAUUCAGUAGCUGAAGAUCUUCUUAAAUUGUUAUCAGCUGAAGAAACUGCACCUGUUUCAUCAACAGUCUCUUCUUCAGAGUAUCGAUUGCGGGCAACUGUGUUGAAAGCGCCACAUGGUGAUUUGGUUUCCUGCAUGGAGAUGGCCAAGGUGGCUGAUCUCAUAGCUUUCGUGGCAUCAGCAAGUUCUUUGUGUGAAGACAGCGAAUCCUACUAUAUUGAUUCCUUUGGAAAUCAAUGUCUUUCAGUGUUUAGAUCACUUGGUUUACCGAGUACAGUGGUCUUCAUACGAGAUCUUCCCUCAGAGAUGAAAAGAAGAAAUGAACUGAAGAAGAUGUGUAUAUCUAGCCUCACUCCUGAAUUCCCUGAAGACUGUAAAUUCUAUCCAGCCGAUACAAAGGAUGAAUUGCACAAGUUCAUGUGGCUCUUUAGGGAGCAAAGGCUUACAGUUCCUCAUUGGCGAAAUCAACACCCUUAUCUUUUUGCUCAUAAGGUGGAUAUGGCAAAUGAUGAUCAGAAUCCAGGAAAAAGUGCUCUUUUUCUCACUGGUUAUGUCCGUGCCCGCAGUCUCUCAGUUAAUCAGCUGGUUCAUAUUUCUGGUGUUGGAGAUUUCCAGCUGGGCAAAAUUGAUGUUCUAAAAGACCCGUGUCCUUUAAAUGCAAGGAAAGAUCAAAACGCGAUGGAUUCAGAUGAAGUUAAUGGAGUGGAGGUUAUCCAAUCUCUGCAACCUGAUCCUAUGAAGCAGGAGGCGUUGCUCGUUGAGAAUAUUCCGGACCCUCUAGCUGGAGAGCAGACAUGGCCAACUGAGGAAGAAAUGGCUGAGGCAGAGAGAUCCCAAAAACAGAAGAAAUUAAGAAAGAGGAUUCUCCCUCCAGGAACAUCAGAAUACCAGGCUGCUUGGAUUGUCGAUGAUUCUGAUGGGGGAGAUUUGGCAAGUGAUGAUGGUGAUGGUGAUGAUGAAGAGGAUGAUGAUGGUAUGGUGUUGGAUGAAGGGGAAAAUCGUCCUACUUCACAAGAGGGUGUAAAAGAUUUUGAGGAUGAUGAUCAAGCUUCUCUAUACUUGCGGGACUCUGAUGGAGAAACUGACACUGAUUCCGUUAUGAUGGAAGCUGAGAACUUGACAAGAGAACAAAUAAAGGAAGAAAUACAAAAAAUUAAAGAAGCACACGCCGAGGAUGAGGAAUUUCCUGAUGAAGUCGAUACACCUCUGGAUGUUCCGGCUAGAAAGCGUUUCGCUCGAUACAGGGGCCUCAAGUCCUUUAGAACCUCCUCCUGGGAUCCUAAGGAAUCAUUGCCUGCAGACUAUGCCCGAAUAUUUGCAUUUGACAACUUCAAGAGGACGCAGAAGCAUGUUUUUGCAAAAGCCUCGGAUGUGGAGCAAGCUAAUAACAAGGAUGAGAGUGUGCCAGCUGGCACUUAUGUUAGACUUGAGAUUAAGGAAGUCCCUGCCAGUGUUGCUUCCAAAUUAUGUAACAUUGUAAAGACAUCGCCUGUGGUGGUAUGUGGUCUCUUCCAGCACGAGUCCAAGAUGUCCGUUCUACAUUUCAGCAUAAAGAAGCACGACACCUAUGAUGCUCCUAUUAAAGCCAAAGAAGAACUAAUAUUUCAUAUGGGCUUUCGCCAAUUUAUGGCUCGACCUAUAUUUUCAACCGACAAUAUGAAUUCCGACAAACACAAGAUGGAGAGGUUUCUUCACGCAGGCCGCUUCUCUGUUGCUUCGAUAUACGCUCCGAUAUGUUUUCCUCCUCUCCCUCUGAUAAUCCUGAAAGAGGGAGAUGGAGGCUCUCCACCAUCUGUUGCAGCUGUCGGCUCCUUAAGAAGUGUCGACCCUGACAGAAUAAUUCUGAAGAAGAUAAUUUUGACUGGUUACCCUCAACGUGUGUCGAAGCUAAAAGCUACUGUCAGAUACAUGUUUCACAACCCCGAGGAUGUAAGAUGGUUCAAGCCGGUGGAAGUAUGGACAAAGUGUGGAUGUCGGGGUCGCAUUAAGGAGCCUGUUGGCACACAUGGGGCAAUGAAGUGCGUGUUCAACGGGGGGCUACAGCAGCAUGACACCGUGUGCAUGAGCUUGUACAAGCGUGCUUAUCCCAAGUGGCCUGAACAUAGGUUCCCAUUGCUCGAUGCAUCUUGAUCGCUCGGUCACCCCAGCCCCCUGAACUCCCAGAAAGAAAUCGCCCGACAAUGCCUCAGGUGAUUGGUGAUGGGAAUGAAGCUCCCUGGUUCAGAAUACAUAUUUUAGAUUUUUUGUUAAUUAUACCAUUGUUUCUGAAAUUAAUAGAAUCUUUUCUAUGGUCGGAUUUACGCUAUAAGAUGGAUGAGUAUAGUCAUGUAGGCGGUUGCGCCAAGUUUUGCUUCCCCUUUUCCAUGUUCGAAAUACCAGGUAGAAGCAGCAACGCUGCUCGUUGGAGCGGGAGAAGGCACCGUUUACCAUCUAUAUAUAAUCAAAGAUGAGAUCUGUUUUCGGUA